AUGUUUUCGUCUUCAUCCAAACCAAAAUUCGCCCUUGAUUUAACAAUUAAUGAACUAACAAAUGUACCCCAAAUAAAUGGUUCAUGUUAUAUAGAAAUUGCAAUUAAGGAUAGUAAAAGAACUCAUUAUACAAAUGGUAAAGUCCCAUCAGAUUCUUCAAAAGCUAAAUCAUCCACAAGUAGUAAUACAUCACCUUCAAGAUCAAAUACCACUAGGUCACUUUUCAAUAAAUUUGAUGAUCUUGGCUCAAAAAUAAAACAAUCAACAAGUCUCAAUAAAUCAUCAAGUAGUGUUAAUGAUGGUAAAAGUAACAGCAACAAUUCUCAUAAUUUAAAUUCUUCAUCGAGUUCAAAUUCAAAUACUUCAGUAUCUGGUCAUGUAUCUACUACAACAUCACGUAAAAGAUUACAUAAUUUUAGAUGUGUUUUCAAUUAUAAAUUAUCAUGUAAUUUGAAAUUUGGUUUAAAAAAGAAGGGAAAUUUAAUCUCAAAUAAAUAUUUGAUUUUCAAAAUUUAUUAUAUACAUGAAGACAAACAUCAUUCAUCAUCAAAUUCUGAUCAUGCAAUUAUUGAUUUGGGUAGAUUAGAAAUAAAUCUUGCAGAAUAUUUAAAUUUUAAUGAACCAGUUAAUACAAAAUAUCUUUUAGAAGAUUCUAAAGUGAACUCCAUAUUAAAUAUAACUAUUGGAUUACAUGAAUUACCAUCAAAUUUUGAUUUCCAUACUCAAUUACAAAUUCAAGAUAAUAAUAGCUCAAAUUUAUCCUCAUCUUCAACAUCUGCUUUGAAUUUAAAUCAAAAUAAUAAUAAAAAGAAAAACAAUUUUAAUGUUCCUCAAUUUGAGAAGAAGAAUGUAUAUACGGGAAUCAAUAAUGUUUUGGGAGAUAAUGCAAUACAAGAAUCAAAUAAAGAUCAACAUCAUCAUCAUCAUAACCAUCACAAUGGUGCAAAAUCUCCACCUAAAAACUAUAGACAAUUACUAAAUAGCAAUGAAUCAAAUUCAGUAAAUUCAUCAUCAGCUUCUUCGCAAGAUGGUAAAUCAUUAACAGAUAUAGGUAAUUUAAAUAACCAAGAUUUAAUUAAAUUAGUGGCUCAAUCAUCAGACGCUGGUUCAGGUUUUAGUUCAAAUCAGCAAGGUCAACCAAAUAACCAAAUACCUAAUUUACAAAUGAUGAAUCAGAACAACUCAGAUAAUAAACAUAUAUUAAUGGAUCCAAUUGUUAGUAUACUAUACUGUAAAAUUUUAGAAAGUAAUUGGGACCCUGAAUUGUAUCCCUUAUUAGAUUAUUCACCAAAUCAAUGUAUUGAUGAUAUUUUCAAUAAUCCUGAAAAUCCAUUUGGUUGUAAUUUAAAAUUGAAGAAGUACUACAAUGAAAAAAGAAGUGAAAAUGAUAAAGGGGUUGAAGAUGAUAGUUAUAGAGAACUUAAUGGAUUGAUUAAUGAAGUUAGGUAUAGACCAAAUUUGAAAAGCUGGACUAUUAACGAAGAAGAUUUUAAUAAAAUUUGUAAUUGA